UUGUCUUACGUUAGAGCAGAAUUUCUUUAAUUAUAUUUUAUGUAAAAAGCAAUGCAAGACGUAAUAAAUAUGCAGCCGUCCGUUAUUUAUACUUUAUCUUCGAGUAGUCGUGCUGCAGGGUUAGUGUCAAGAAAAGUGUUUUGGUCUAGUAUAUAACAGGAAAAUGCCGGCCAGUAAGCCCCCUGCAGGUGUGGACAUUGAUCUUAAGGAUAAAGAUGUCCAAAAAGCGGCGGCAAUGAUUCAGAAAUCUUUCCGUGGGCAUCGUGUCCGUAAGAAGAUGCUCGAAGAUGGACCUCCCAGAUUCUUGGAUGGGCUUCAAGAUGUCACUAUUGUGGAAGGAAGUGCUUCAAGAUUGGACUGUAGACUCGGUGGAUUCCCAGAUCCAACUGUUACAUGGUUCAAAGAUAACCAAGAAAUAAAAGAAGGAUCUAACUAUCAAAUUAUCUUUGAAGAUCCGGACAUUUGUGCUUUAGUACUAUUGAAAGGUCGGGUCGAGGACAAUGGUCGCUAUUCCUGCAAAGCAUUCAACCAAUUUGGCGAAGUGUAUGAUCAUGCCAAAGUGGAAGUGUCAUCACCUGCCAAAAUUGAACAUGGUCCUUCGAAUAUAUCUGUAAAAGCUGGUGACACUGUUCAACUCGUUGCAACAAUAAGUGGCAAUCCUCUGCCCGAAGUCGGCUGGGCAAAGGGAGAUGUUGACAUCGAGGAGGAUGAUCGAAUUUCUUACGAGAUAGAUGAUGAUAAAACAGUUCUCACGAUUAAAAAAAUCACCAAAAAGGAUGCAGGAAAGUACGAAUGUUACGUCGAAAACGAACUAGGAACAGAUCAUACGUUCGCAAGAAUUGAAGUCAAAUGCUGAAGGAAAAUAUGAAUAUCACGUUUUCACGAAGCCCUUGACAUUGCUGAAGUUGUCAUAUUGUUUAAUAAUAAAAUUUGAUAUUUUCAUGGAGAAUAGAACAUUGAUAUAUAAUAAAUCGUUCUAUUUAUAUAUAAGCCUGUAUGUGGAUAAUAAAAAAGAAAUCUAUUGAAUACUACAUAAAAAGAUCGUGUAGUAAAUGCCCUUGCAGAUACUAAAAUUUAUAGAAUGUGACCAAGGUGAUUUACCUCCAAUAUAUACAUAGCGUUGAAUUA